AUGGUGAAGAUAUACUAUAGGUACAAGGCCGCGUCGGCGUUUGGGGUGAUAGUGUCGGUUGACAGCAAUAUAACAUACGACAGCUCCGGCAAGCACCUAUUGGCGGCGGCGCUAGAGAAGCUCGCCGUGUGGCACGUGCGUCAGGGGAGCUGCAUCAAGGCAUUAUCUCCGGCGCCCACCUCCUCUUCUCGCGGCCCCUCUCUCGCAGUCACCUCCAUCGCCUCGUCUUCGUCUACUCUGAUUGCAAGUGGGUAUGCUGAUGGUGCUGUAAGAAUAUGGGAUGUUGACAAGGGAACAUGUGAAACCACUUUGAAUGGACAUAAAUCUGCAGUUACAGUCCUUCAAUUCAACAAGCUUGGAUCUUUGAUUGCUUCUGGAAGCAAAGACUGUGACAUUAUUUUAUGGGAUGUUAUUGGUGAAGCUGGGCUCUUUCGCCUUCGGGGCCAUCGUGAUCAGGUCACUGACCUUGUGUUCCUCGAUUCUGGUAAUAAAUUGGUUAGUUCAUCGAAAGACAAGUUUUUGAGGGUAUGGGAUCUGGAAACCCAGCACUGUGUACAGAUUGUUAGUGGCCAUCACAGUGAAAUAUGGUCCAUUGAUGUUGAUCCUGAUGAGAGGUAUCUGGUAACUGGGUCGGCAGACCUGGAGCUCAGAUUUUUCACGAUUAAGAAUGAUUUGGCUGAUGAAAAACCCGGGCUGGCGAAUAUUGAAUCUGAUGUUGGCAAUGGAAAUGCACCUGUGCAGAACAAAUGGGAAGUUCUGAAGCAUUUUGGUGACAUACAGAGGCAGAGCAAAGAUAGAGUGUCUUCUGUGAGGUUCAGCAAGUCCGGGAAUUUGUUGGCUUGUCAAGUAGCUGGGACGAUGGUCGAGAUGUUUCACAUGUUGGAUGAGUCUGAAGCUAGACGCAAAGCAAAAAGAAGAGUGAACAGGAAGGUGAAGAAAAUCUCAAAGGGAAAUACCAAUACUACCGAAAACGGAAAAACAAAUGUUGAAGUUGAAGAGGGGGCUGAGGUUACGGUUACAGUCCCAGAUGUCUUUAAACCACUACAGGUGAUACGUUCCAGGAAGAAGAUAUGCUCUAUGUCUUUCUGUCCUAUCACUCCAAAAGGUUCCAUGGCAACUUUAGCAUUGUCUUUAAACAAUAAUAUGCUAGAAUUUUAUUCAAUUGAAAGCACUUCGGCAGCAAAAACAAGUGCCAUUGAACUACAAGGACAUCGUUCAGAUGUGAGAAGUGUCACUCUUAGCUCGGACAAUAGUCUUUUGAUGUCGACAAGUCACAGUGCUAUUAAGAUAUGGAAUCCUAGUACUGGAACUUGUCUCCGAACUAUUGAUUCAGGGUUUGGAUUGUGUGGCCUAUUUGUCCCAGGUGAUAAGUAUGCAAUUGUUGGCACAAAAAAUGGGACUCUGGAGAUUAUUGAUGUCCGAAGUGGUACUGGUGUCGAAGUUAUCGAAGCUCAUGGUGGGUCUGUUCAGUCUAUUGUUGCAACAGCUGAUGGUUUUGUCACAGGGAGUUCGGACAAGGAUGUCAAGUUUUGGGAGUACCAAAUUGCCCAGAAAACCGGUGAAGAUUAUAAACAUCUGACAGUAUCUCCGGUGAGGAAUCUGAAAAUGAAUGACGAUGUUGUGGCGGUGGCAGUCAGCCCAGAGGGUAAACAUAUUGCUGUUUCCUUGUUGGACUCCACAGUAAAGGUCUUCUUCAUGGACUCACUCAAAUUUUUCCUCUCCUUGUACGGUCAUAAGCUGCCCGCUCUGUGCAUGGACAUAUCCUCUGACGGGGAUUUGAUUGUUACUGGCUCUGCCGAUAAGAAUUUGAAAAUUUGGGGUCUGGAUUUUGGUGACUGCCAUAAGUCUCUUUUCGCCCAUGCUGAUAGUGUCAUGGCAGUUAAGUUUGUGAAGAACACCCACUACAUGUUUAGUGCGGGCAGAGAUCGCCUCGUGAAGUACUGGGAUGCAGACAAGUUUGAAUUACUUUUAACUCUCGAUGGCCAUCACUCGGAAGUUUGGUGCCUAGCUGUCAGCAAUCGUGGUGAUUUUAUCAUGACGGGAUCUCGUGAUAGAUCUAUACGCCGUUGGGACCGUACACAAGAGGAUUUUACUAUUGAGGAAGAGAAGGAAAAAAGGCUGGAGGAGAUGUUAGAAUCUGACAUUGACAAUGCAUUCGAGACUAAGUACGCACCGAAGGAGGAAGUUCCUGAAGAAGGGACGGUGGCAUUAGCGGGAAAGAAAACUGGGGAAACUGUAAAUGCUGCCGACUCUAUAAUGGAAGCACUAGACAUAGCCGAAGAAGAAAUGAAGCGCAUUGCUGAACAUGAGGAGGAGGAGUCGAAAGGGAAAGAUGCUGAUUUUAGGCCAAAUGUACUUUUGAAUAAUCGUUCACCAUCAGACCAUGUGCUUCUGGCAGUUUCAAAAGUUCAGACUAAUGAUUUGGAACAGGCAUUGCUAGCUCUACCAUUCUCGGAUUCCCUAAGGGUUUUGUCUUAUUUGAAAGAUUGGAUUGCAUUCCCUGAUAAGGUUGAGCUUGUGUGUCGGGUUGCGACUGUUUUGUUACAGAUCCAUCAUAACCAGCUAACCUCUACGGUGUCCGCCAGACCUCUCUUAUCUCUUCUCAAAGACAUCUUGCAUGCAAGGGUUAAGGAAUGUAAAGAUACCUUAGGCUUCAACUUAGCAGCAAUGGACCAUCUAAAGCAAUUGAUGGCUGCAAAAACCGAUGCACCAUUUAGAGACGCAAAAGCUAAAUUACUUGAAAUACGUUUGCGGCACUCCCAACAAAACGACCGUCGGGUUAACCCGCGAGAAGAAAGGAGGAAAAAGAAGAAGCAAAAGAAGCUCGAUGGCGAUCAUGUUUGGUCUUGA